GUACGAAGAGGGAAGGGAAGGGAAGGUUUAGAUUACCUUAUCCUAUCCAAUUGCUUUCUCAAUAUCCAGUGACAACACCUGUACGCCCCUCUUUCUCUUUCUCUCUAAAACUCCAUCUUUCUCACUUCACUUCCUUUAAUAACAUCAGCCCUACAAGCUCUCUGGGUAGUUGAAGCCGCCAAGAAAAGGCAAGGAGAAGAAGAAGAAGAAGAAGAAGAAGAAGAAGAAGAAGAAACAAUAUUCAUCUUCUCUUCAUUUAUAUCUCUUCACGCCGACAAUACAUCCGUGUAUAUAUAUAUAUAUAUAUACAUAUAUAUAGAAAUUAAUGCCUCUCUCUGUCAUGUAAAAGGUAGUAAUUGAAAUUCCUGCUGGGCCAUGCAUACAACUCAUUUUCUUUCUCAUCUUCCAUUGCAGCGCUUCUUCUGCUCCAUUUUCCUUUCUGGGUACAGCUCAAUGAGCAUUGGUUCUUGAGAAGCCUUUUUUGGGUUGUUUCUUGAGGUUAUUUGUAUUGGUUAAUUGCCUGGCUCCGGAAGAGUUUCGGUCUGGGCCUGCUUAAUUUGUCAAGUGGGAUAGUUGAUUCGAUAAAUACUAUUAAUCGCAUUGUUAUUGCCGUCAGAAUUUGAUUGGAUUGAAAUAGCAAAGAUUUAGUCGGUCCCCAGAGCUUGGAGGCUGAAAUGGCUCCCAAGACAGGCAAGGCAAAGCCCCACAAAGCCAAAGGAGAGAAGAAGAAGAAGGAGGAGAAAGUUUUGCCUACGGUGAUUGAAAUUACGGUGGAAACGCCCGACGAGUCGCAAGUGACACUUAAGGGCAUAUCAACGGACAGGAUUUUAGACGUGAGGAAGCUCCUAGCCGUUCAUGUCGAGACAUGUCAUCUCACAAAUUACUCCUUGUCCCACGAGGUUCGAGGACCCAUGUUGAAGGAUUCGAUAGAGAUCAUGUCUUUAAAACCAUGCCACCUCACCAUGGUCGAAGAGGGCUAUACGGAAGAGCGUGCGAUUGCGCACGUCAGGCGACUCCUGGACAUCGUCGCGUGCACUAUUUCUUUCGGCAAAACCUCCGGUCGGGCCAGCCCUAAAGAGUCCGGCUCGAAAGAUCCCGGUCCGAACGAGGCCGAUGCCGGUCCGGAAAGCGCCGGUUGCGAAGCCAAUGCGAAGCCGAAAGGAGAUGGAGAGAAGCGGCCCAAGGGAGGCGCUCAAGGUGCCAAGUCGCCGAGGCAAGAUGGUUCCGCCGGCGGCGAGGCGGCGGAGAAAGGUGACAUCGCGGCGGCUAUGUGCCCGCCGCCGAGGCUCGGGCAGUUCUACGAGUUCUUCUCCUUCUCUCACCUCACUCCGCCGAUUCAAUACAUUAGAAAAUCUACUCGCCCAUUCCUUGAUGAUAAGACAGAAGAUGAUUUCUUUCAAAUUGAUGUCCGGGUUUGCAGCGGAAAGCCAACAACAAUUGUUGCUUCCCAUAAAGGGUUUUAUCCUGCUGGAAAACGUAUUCUCUUGAGUCACUCUUUGGUUGGUUUGCUGCAGCAGAUAAGCCGGGUUUUUGAUGCUGCAUACAAGGCUCUCAUGAAAGCUUUCACUGAGCACAAUAAGUUUGGAAACCUACCUUAUGGUUUUCGAGCAAACACAUGGGUUGUCCCACCAGUUGUUGCUGACAACUCAUCGACUUUUCCCCCACUCCCUGUGGAAGAUGAAAACUGGUGGGGAAAUGGGGGUGGACAAGGAAGAGAUGGUAAACAUGAUUAUAGGCAGUGGGCAAAAGAGUUCGCAAUCCUAGCAACAAUGCCUUGUAAGACACCUGAAGAAAGACAGGUUCGAGACAGGAAGGCCUUUCUACUUCACAGUUUAUUUGUCGACGUUUCUGUCCUUAAAGCUGUUGCUGUCAUAAGACAUCUUGUUGAAAAUCACCAUGACUCAACAAAAGAAUUCACUCCUUCAGUUUUGUUUGAGGAACAAAUUGGAGAUUUAAACAUUAGGGUUACAAAAGAUGUGCCUGAUGCAAGUACAAAGUUGGAUGGUAAAAAUGAUGGGAGUGAGGUUCUUGGAAUGUCAAGAGAAGAGCUUGCUAAGAGAAACUUACUUAAAGGGAUAACUGCAGAUGAGAGUGCGACUGUCCAUGAUACCUCUACUUUAGGUGUGGUUGUUGUUAGACACUGUGGCUACACUGCUGUUGUGAAAGUUGUGUCUGAGGUAAAUUGGGAGGGCAAGCCUGUGCCAGAAGACAUUGAAAUUGAGGACCAGCCUGAAGGAGGCGCUAAUGCAUUGAAUGUGAAUAGCUUGAGAAUGCUAUUGCACAAGUCAUCAACACCCCAAUCAUCUAGUGCAGCUCAAAAAUUGCAGAGUGCAGAUUUUGAAGAUUUACGUUCUGCCAGAUCAUUAGUGAGGAGGGUUCUUUGUGACAGUUUGGUUAAGUUGGAGGAAGAAACCAAUAAACACACAAGAUUUAUAAGAUGGGAGCUGGGAGCUUGUUGGGUUCAACACUUGCAGAAUCAAGCUUCUGGAAAAACUGAGUCCAAGAAAGCUGAAGAAGCAAAGGUUGAGACAGCUGUCAAGGGUCUUGGAAAGAAUGGUGGGUUGCUAAAGGAAAUUAAGAGGAAAACAGAUGACCGAAGCAGCAAAACUGAGCAGGGAAAGGAAGUUUCUGUAAAAAGCCUUGAUGUCAACAAAAGAUCAGAAACCACUAAUCAGAAAGAUGUGGAGAAACAAGAUGAGGAGAAGGAAAUAUUGUGGAAAAAGCUACUACCUGAGGGAGCAUAUUUGCGCCUUAAGGAAUCAGAAACUGGGCUUCAUCUUAAGUCACCUGAUGAGUUGAUUGAGAUGGCACAUAAAUACUACGCUGAUACCGCACUUCCAAAACUGGUGGCAGAUUUUGGUUCACUUGAACUUUCACCAGUUGAUGGAAGGACAUUGACAGAUUUUAUGCAUACCAGGGGUUUGCAAAUUUGUUCCUUGGGCCAUGUGGUUGAACUUGCAGACAAGCUUCCUCAUGUACAGUCUCUUUGCCUACAUGAGAUGGUUGUCCGAGCAUACAAACACAUAUUAAGAGCUGUUAUAGCAGCAGUCAAUAAUGUUGCUGACUUGGCUGGAUCAAUAGCGUCAUGUUUAAAUAUAUUGCUUGGAAAUCCAUCAACUGAAACUCCUGAUGCAGACAUUAUUAAUGAUGAUAACUUGAAAUGGAAGUGGGUGGAAAUAUUCCUUCUGAAGAGGUUUGGGUGGCACUGGAAAACUGAAAGCCAACUGGAUCUGAGAAAGUUUGCAAUUCUUCGUGGACUAUGCCAUAAGGUUGGGCUUGAGCUUAUCCCCAAAGAUUAUGAUAUGGACUCUGUGACUCCUUUCAAGAAAUCAGAUAUUAUAAGCAUGGUUCCUGUAUACAAGCAUGUUGCAUGUUCAUCUGCAGAUGGCCGUACACUGUUGGAGUCAUCCAAGACUUCACUGGACAAAGGCAAGUUGGAGGAUGCUGUUAAUUAUGGCACUAAGGCACUCUCGAAACUCGUGUCAGUUUGUGGGCCAUAUCAUCGAAUGACGGCAGGAGCAUACAGUCUUUUGGCUGUAGUGCUCUACCAUACUGGGGAUUUUAAUCAGGCUACCAUCUAUCAGCAAAAAGCUUUGGAUAUCAAUGAGAGAGAACUUGGGUUAGAUCAUCCUGAUACAAUGAAGAGUUAUGGAGACCUAGCUGUUUUUUACUACCGGCUCCAGCACACAGAACUGGCAUUGAAGUAUGUAAAUCGUGCAUUGUAUCUUUUACACCUAACAUGUGGACCAUCUCAUCCAAAUACUGCUGCCACCUACAUUAAUGUAGCAAUGAUGGAAGAAGGUUUGGGAAAUGUACAUGUUGCCCUCAGAUAUCUUCAUGAGGCUCUCAAGUGUAACCAAAGGCUACUUGGAGCUGAUCACAUUCAAACUGCUGCCAGCUAUCAUGCAAUCGCAAUUGCUUUAUCUUUAAUGGAGGCCUACUCCUUGAGCGUUCAGCAUGAACAAACAACAUUACAGAUUCUACAGGCAAAACUUGGCUCAGAUGAUCUACGUACACAGGAUGCAGCUGCAUGGCUUGAAUACUUCGAAUCCAAGGCUUUGGAGCAGCAAGAGGCUGCCCGAAAUGGUACUCCAAAGCCAGAUGCUUCAAUCUCCAGCAAAGGCCAUUUAAGUGUAUCGGACCUAUUGGAUUAUAUAACUCCAGAUGCUGAUAUGAAAGCAAGAGAUGCUCAAAAAAAGCAAGCUCGUGCAAAGGUUAAAGGCAAACUGGGACAAAACUGGGAAUCUUUCACAGAUGAAUAUCAGAAGGAUGAAAUAUUAUCACCUAGCCAUCUUGCUUUGGAGAGUUCUAGUGACAAAGAAAACAAAUCUGGAGAAGAGAACAAAUCUGAAUCUCAGUUUGCAGAAUCUAGUGAUAAGAAGCCUAGUCUCAUUCGAGGAGAUAUGAAGUUAUUGAACCAAAAUGAUGACAUAGCACAGGAUGAAACAUCUGACGAAGGAUGGCAAGAAGCUUUUCCGAAAGGUCGCUCAACUGCAGGUCGCAAGUCUUCUGGGUCAAGGAGGCCCAGCUUGGCGAAACUGAAUACGAACUUUACCAAUGUUUCUCAGUCAGCAAGAUAUCGUAGCAAGACUGGUAAUUUCACAUCUCCAAAGAUGCUGUCAAACGAGCCUGCUACUUCAGCGGGGUCUGCAUCUCCUGUUCAGAAGAAGUUUGUUAAAAGUGCAAGCUUCAGUCCAAAAUUAAAUAAUUCUACUGGUACAGAAAAAUCUACAAACAUAAAGUCAGCCCCUACUAGUCCAGCUCCAACUGAUCAAGUUGCCAAGUCUGCUCCAGUGGCGAGUUCAAUCAGUGUUCAGAUGGCAGGCAAACUUUUCUCGUACAAAGAAGUUGCUUUGGCUCCUCCUGGUUCUAUUGUGAAGGCAGUGGCUGAACAGUCACCAAAGGAAAAUUCUGACAUAGAAUCUAGUCCUCAGGAUAGCACAGAAAUGGUUGUGCUAGAAGCAACUCAGGAGGAAGAAAAAGUUCAGAAACCCAUUGAUGAGGAAAAACUUUUGGUUUCUGACGAGGAAAAGAAAAAUCUUCCUGAUGAAGAACAAGAAACAAAAGUUCAUGAUGCUUUAUCAGCACAACCUACAGAGGAAUUAAACAGUGCAGCAGCGGAAGAUGGAGUACAAGAAGACAAAGUUGCAGCGGUAAAGAGUGGGGCAGUUAGAGGCAAAGAAACAGAGUCUGAAUGUGUUUCUGUUUCUGGACUUGAGGAUUCUAGUUCUAAUGAUUCAAACUCCACUGCUUCCGGAAGCAAAGAGUUGGAAACAGUGGUCGACGGAUGCACAGCAGCUUCUGAAGUUUUAAAUGAAAAUGCAACUUUCUUGCUAGAAAAAGAUGGCUCCAUUAAGAAAGAAAACAUAACAAACGUUGGGGAAAGUUUGCCCGAUCUACCUAAUGGUAAAGGAAGUGUUAGUCCCUCGCCAAUUGAAGCAGAAAAUUCAGGAGACACAAGUUCCAGUCCCUUGCCAACGGAAGCAGAGAAACAUGGUGAGGUGGAAGCAGGAAGAGAGACCAGCAAAAAGCUAUCUGCAGCUGCACCUCCUUUUAAUCCAUCCACAAUACCAGUGUUUGGCUCAGUUCCAAUGGUUGGCUAUACAGAUCAUGGAGGAAUUCUUCCACCACCGGUGAAUAUUCCUCCAAUUGUUCCUGUCAACCCUGUUCGUAGAUCACCUCAUCAUUCAGCUACAGCAAGGGUCCCAUAUGGUCCACGGCUGUCUGGCGGAUAUAGCAGAUCCGGAAAUCGUGUUCCACGUAACAAGCCUACUUUCCACAAUGGAGAGCACAAUGGGGAUGGAAGCCGCUACAGCCCUCCAAGAAUCAUGAAUCCGCAUGCUGCUGAAUUUGUACCUGGGCAGCCUUGGGUGCCAAACGGCUACCCUGUGUCUCCAAAUGGUUACUUGGCUGCUUCAAAUGGUAUUUCUGUGUCCCCAAAUGGUUACCCUUUAGCCCCAAAUGGCAUUCCACUGUCACCAAAUGGUUGCAUUCCGGUGGUGCAAAAUGGAUUCCCCAUUUCUCCGAGUAGUCCAGUGGAAUCUCCAGCAGUUUCCACUGUUGAAGUUAGUGCUGAAAACCAAUGUACAGUUGUGGCAGAGGACAACACAGAAGAACCUUCAGCCAAAAUGGAAAAUUGUAACGAGUCAAUUGAACAGAAAACACCGGAUGUUCAAUCUAGAGAUGAUGAAGAAUCUCACCCUGAGAUUGAUGAAAAGCCUACAGGUAGAGCUGUGGUACCUGGAGAUGUGCUCAUGGUCGGGGCACAUGAAAAUUCUAGUAAGGAAGCAGUUGAGGAAAAGCCAACUAAAUGCUGGGGAGAUUAUAGUGACAGUGAAGCUGAGGUUAUUGAGAGUACAAGGUGAGUUAAUAUUAGAAGUGGUCUGUUCAUAGCUCAAUAAUUUCUAAGAGAGGCCAAAACGACAUUUUAGACUGCAAGAAGCAUUUAGCAAGUUGGAGAACCCCUAUUCUGGCCAAGCCUGCAGGACCGACUGCUACAAAUCCUGAUGAAGCUAUGACUUUCUGAUGUGCUUUAGUUUUGUAAUUGUGCAGCAGUUAGUGAGUUUAAAGAACUCUCUUGCAAGGCAUGGUUCAACAACUGUGACAAAACCUAGUGAUGCAACUUCUUCUUUGUAUAAUUGCCUCACAGAAAGGAGCGCAUAGAUGUUGAGUAAGAGUCUUUACUAGGCUGGUGCAGGGAAGAUAUCUACACGGCAAGGGUGCUCUCUCUGAUUUGAGUUUUUUAACAAGAACAACCUCGAGGUAUUUGUACUUUUUAAGACAAUAUUGUUUUGAGUGAUGAUUAAGCAUGGAACUCGGGAACUUGUUUACUUUCAAAGUUUCAAAUUCAUUUCUUGUAGCCAACUAUUAAUGUAAUACCCAUGGUUUUAGAUUUUUGUUGAUUUGAA